UUUUAUUUUAUGCUUUUUGUAAGAGGUAAAUAUAAUAUAAUAGUAUUAGUGUUAUUUUGUGGAUUUCAUUAUUGUGUCCUAAAAUUAGUACUAGCCAGUUAUUGUUGUCGGGUUUGUUAGGAUCAUAUUAUUAUUAUUAUGAAGAUAAGGAGGGUCCAAAUCCAUUAUUAAAUUAUGUAGUUUUGUUGGCAUAUGGAUAUAGUACCAAUUUGCAUGAUCUAUUUUAGUGGUUGUUACUUGUUUUUGAGGUUAUUCAAACCUACCCUGAAAUGAAUCAUGAUGUAACUACUUAUCUAUUCUAAUAUCCUUAACUAUUUGUUAAAAACAACCUGAGGAAGGGAAAAUUAUUAUUAUUAUUGAAAGUGAUAUUAACUACAAUUUUACAACUAUAUCCGAAGGGAUUUGAACUCCGUUGUCAAAAAUAAUUUUGAUUAAAUAUUACUUUGAACUCUGAAAACGAUACAGAAAAUGAACAAUUUUUUAUUUUUAUAAGAGACCUUAAAAAGGAACCAAGGGGUUAAAUUCAAUUUUUACAUCAAUUUAUUUAGGACUUGAAUCUUGAGAUGAAAUGAUUCCUUUGCUAGGAUUUAUUGUCACUAAAUAGUGAUGGUCGGUUUGUCUUUAGUUGAGUAGUUAAGGAAGAUAGAAUUUUAGUUAUUAAUUAAUGGUAUAAAAAACCGUUUAUUUCUGGGUGAUUAUUUCACAUAGGAAAGGUUAGCUAGAAUAAAUACACAUUUCAUGACGUGGUUGUGAUUAGGUUGAGUGAGAAAAAUGAAAGAAAUUAUUGGAUCCCUUUCCAAACUAUGUAUGAAACACAAAUUACAUCAUGAUUUCUCAUCAACAGUUAUAGAAUAGAACAAACAAACUCGGGCACCUUAUACCCCUUUGGAAACUGAUGAACUCGGUCGAUCCAAUCCGGGUAUGGUUCCUAGACGUCGAAUUCUUUCCUCUGAUUUGUAUUUGAAAUAUCAGUUGCAUUUUUUUUUUUUUCUUUCAACAAGCUUACACUAAUCUGAUUUCCACUGUCUCUGGUCAACACUGAUUUCAUUUCUUAGGAGUAACUAAGGUGGCAUCUCUAAUGUAGUGGUUUUAUCGAGUAACCAGCUCAUAUGUAAGAUCCUUUGGAGUAUUUUCAAUUUUGUAAAGGACUAUGAUUGUUCAUGGAAAAAACUCUUCUCAAGUAGUGCCAGCAUCUGAGUUGGGCGUUUGCUUGAGAGAGAAACUCUCUGCCGCUGGUAUUCAAGUUUGCCUCUUCUCCUUUUCCUUACAUGUAUCCUGAUUCCAACACCUGUUUACAUCACGAGAUGGCGGCUGCAACCUUCAAAGGGCAUCCUAGUGAAUGUUUCGGGAAUAAGAAAAUGGAAAGAAAGCCUUCUGGUAGAAGACGUGUAUUUGUACAGACUGAAACCGGGUGUGUUCUAGGCAUGGAAUUAGAAAGAAGUGACAAUGCACAUACUGUGAAGAGGAAAUUACAGGUAGCAUUCAAUGUCCCAACUGAGGAAAGUUCACUUAUUUGCGGCGACACGGUCUUGAAAAAUGAUCUAAGUGUGGUUCGAAAUGAUUCUCCACUUCUUCUCACCAGGAACUUUUUGCACAGGAGUUCAUCUACACCGUGCCUUUCUCCAACCAGUAGGGAUCUUCAGCAUAGAGAUCAGAGUGGACUGAUUGAGAUUAUUGGUUGCUCGGAUAUGUUAUCUGGAACUAAACAACUGGUUAAGGAUAUUAUCAUGGCAAUAAAAGGCGGCGUCGAACCAAUCCCUGUUCAGAGUGGGUUAGGAGGUGCAUAUUAUUUUAGAAACUGCUACGGGGAAAAUGUCGCUAUUGUGAAACCAACUGAUGAGGAACCUUAUGCACCAAACAAUCCGAAAGGUUUUGUCGGUAAAGCUCUCGGACAACCAGGACUGAAAAGGUCAGUGAGGGUUGGAGAGACGGGUUUCAGAGAAGUUGCAGCUUACCUUCUGGACCAUGAUCAUUUUGCAAACGUGCCUUCUACUGCUCUCGUGAAGGUUACACACACUAUUUUCAAUGUUAAUGAUAGGGUCAAUGGUAAUAUGCAACCAAACAAGAAGCAAAUAAGCAAGAUUGCAUCGCUGCAGCAGUACAUUCCUCAUGAUUAUGAUGCAAGUGAUCACGGAACUUCUAGUUUCCCUGUUGCUGCUGUUCACAGGAUCGGAAUUUUAGAUGUACGAAUCUUAAACACAGACAGACACGCAGGAAAUCUUCUUGUCAGGAAGCUUGACGGGCUUGGAAGGUUUGAUCAGGUCGAGCUUUUUCCAAUCGAUCAUGGUCUUUGUCUACCUGAAAAUUUGGAAGAUCCUUAUUUUGAAUGGAUCCAUUGGCCUCAGGCUUCAAUCCCUUUCUCUGACGAUGAACUCAAAUAUAUAUCUCAUCUAGACCCGUUUCGUGAUUCAGAAAUGCUUAGAAUGGAGCUUCCUAUGAUCCGUGAAGCAUGCUUGCGGGUUUUGGUUCUUUGCACUUUGUUCCUCAAGGAAGCAGCGGCCUUUGGUCUUUGUCUAGCAGAAAUCGGCGAUAUGAUGAGUAGGGAAUUUCACUUUCAUGGUGAAGAGCCCAGUGAGCUUGAGCUAAUAUGUAUUGAGGCAAAGAAACUGUUUGAUCGUGAAGAUUUCUCCUCUUUUGAGACGAAAUUUGGAGACAAAGAUUUGACCGUUUUUCAGUUAGAUUGCGAGCAUGAUCAGGAUUUGGAAUUCGCUGCAAAUAUUGAAGAGAAGCCAACAGUAUCGCUACCUCUUAAAUUCAGAACGAAAAACGGAAACUCCAGACUCAAACUUUCUAAACUAGAGGAGAGUGUGAUAGAGGAGGAGGAGGAAGAAUGUGAUGCAUAUUCUAACUCCAUGGGAAAAUUGGUGCUUAAUAUUUCAAAGCUAUCUGAGUCAGUGAAAAACACGACGAUCAAUGAGAGAAGUCUGCAGAACUCGAGUGUGAAGCAAAGGAGUGGAUCAUUAGUUGGGACAUCAUCUGGAAAUACUAGUGUGAAUGAGUUGAUUACUAGUUCAAGUUUUGUGAAGCUGACAGAUAUGGAUGAAGAGAAAUGGAACCAGUUUCUUGAGAAUUUUCAAAGGUUAUUGGUCCCAGCUUUUGUUAAUUGCAAAGAAAGGAAUUUGGGAAAGAGGCAGAGACAAAGACUUGGAACAUCAUGCCAGUUUUAGAGGCAUUAUAAAUGAAUAUUGUGUGAAACAAUAAACUUUUAAAGGUCUGUGCAAUGUGUCACACCGUAUACCUUGAAUUAUAUAUAGAUAUAUAGUUGGUAAGUGAAAGUGUGAAUGUUGAAUAAUUGAGGUUACAUGCCAUGAUAUACCAAUGUUUUCAGGAGAUUUAAAUUUAAAUGAUAUUUCAUGUUUGGUUCGUUUGUUGGCUUUAAA